CUGUUGUACUGAGUACAAUAGAGCCUAUACUGCUGCGUACAUGAGAACUCUAGAAGACAAGAACCUCGCUGUCCGAACAGAGGAGGAAGCCCUGAACUGUGCAGCGUUCUUUCAACAAUAUGUGAUGGACUAUGUUAACUCUAAACAAUUCUCGGAAAACUUGUUGAACAAAAUCUACCCCGGGAUAGUCGUAAUGGUUGUCGUGAUGAGUUUCCUGAUAAUAGUUUCUCUACUUGUUCUUCUCAACCUCAUGCUUGUUGGGCUUGGAUUUAAACCACUCAGGGCCUAUCUCUGCUGGGAUUGCUUUACUCAAGAAGACCUGGAAGAAAGAAAGGAGGUAAAAAAGAAAAUAGAAGCUGUGUUGCUGGAAUGUAAGGAUUGUCAGAAGGAAAAGAACGAAGCAGGAGAAAACGGUGGAAAUAACACGGAGGAAUACAAGAAAGAAGAUGAAAAUAUGUCGGAUGAGCUAAAGAAGAAUAAAGAUGAAAUACAGAUAAUGGAAGCCCAGGGAAAUAAGCUCGAUGGAAACCAGAUCAAAAAAGAUAAGGGUCCGACUGAAAAUCAAGAAAAGACUGUAAACACGAAAAUAACGAGAGAUCUUGUGAUGAAUGGAGAUCAAGGGAAGAUUAAAGAUCAGGUGCUAACUGAAGAUCAGGUAUUCACUGAAGAUCAAGUGAAGACUAAUAAUAAAGAGAAGACUGAAGAUCAAGAAAAGAAUACAGUUCAAAUGAAGAUCGAAGAACAAGAGACCACUAAAGAUCAAUUGAAGACCGAAGCUCCGCUGAUGACUAAAGAUCAAGUGAAGAUCGAAGGCCAAGGGAAGAAGACCGUAGAUCAAGAGAAGAAUGAAGAUCAAGUGAAGACCGAAAAUCAAGAGAAAACUGAGGAUCAAAAGAACCCAGAAGACAAGAAGACAACGGAAGAUCAAUUGAACAUCAGAAAUGAUAAGAUGGAGACAAACGAAGAUUCGAAAAUGAAUAAAAGAGAAGAUUUAAAUAGAUCAUCCUGAACUGCUUUGGGUAAGAUUUGACUCACACACUCAAGCAGUCCUAAAGUAUUUAUAAGGAACAUUAAAACCCGUUUAACUUCAAGUUGUUUUAUAAGAACCCCAAGUUUUUUACUUCAAAAUUAAAGAAGAAAAUUUAAAGAAUGAAAUAUUUUUUUGUGAAAAG